UCAACAUAUAGCCAAGUGGUUUGAAUCUUGUUCAUUCUAUUCUUUUUCUUGUGGAAUUCUUAGUGGUUUGAUCUUUAAAGCAUGGCGUUUUUCAAGAGUUGUGCUGGAAUAGUGGCCAUCUCUGCUCUUGUUUUCACCAUUUUUAUGCCCUUCAUCGUUCAAGGCCAAUCGUUCCCUCCUGCUCCUUCUCCUGCACCUGGCCCUUCCAGCGAUGGUACCACAAUUGAUCAAGGGAUUGCUUACGUGCUCAUGUUUGUGGCACUGGUUCUGACAUACCUCAUCCACCCUCUUGAUGCGUUCUCACACUAGGCACUUCGUAGAAGAACUUCAGAGAGAUUGAACAUAGUGGGCGGUUUUUUAUUAUCUUCUCCUGGAUAAUUUUCUUGUACCUGGAGUCUUUUCAUUUUUCAUUCUGUUGUUAUUUUUUCUUCCAUAUUUUGCCGGCAGUGGGAUUUUUGUGUUCAUCUGUUAUACCUCUUAAUUGAGUAGUAAUUUAUCGUUACAUUUAUUCAUUUUCA